AUGAGGAUUAAGGAAGAAGAAAGUAGAACUGAGGAGGUACACCAACAGAAAUGGCAAGGAAAGCUGAUUGAAGCAAGAUGGGAUGACGUGGAUGUGAUUGGCUGUUUCAGUUGGCUAUGCCACUGGAAAACUGCGCCCAUGCACACAGGGGCUGGAGUUUACGAACUAUGCCAACAGCUACUCCCAACUAAGAUUUACCAACAGUACAAAACAAAGACAAGCAACAACACAGACAUCAAGUGUCCUAUGUGCGGAAAAGCUAUGGAGAGCGUCCCUCGUGUUUUGAGUGGAUGUAGCGCACUAGCGCAGAGCAAGUACCAGACCAGGCACGACGCAGCCCUCAAAGUUCUAUUCUUCGAUCUGCUCUGUGAUAUGGGAUUAAUAGAAAGUGCACCAUCUUGA